CAUGUGUUGAAAUUGUUUUAAAAGUUGAAUAUAAAAAUAAUCAAUUAAAAUGAAUUUAUUAAUAAUGAAAUAUUCAAUACUAUUAUUGCUCAUUGUGUUAAUAAAGAUUAAUGCAAUACAGUCGGCUUCGGCGGUGCCAAAUGCCUAUGCUGGUCAAGAGUACUACGAUCAAGAUGAAGACGAAGAUUUUGUGCCCAUGAGUCCCUGUAAUGUGGUACGUCCAGGUGAUCCAGAUUUAACCACCUACGAUAUCAUUUCAUCCUAUCGUUUCGAUGAGUAUCACUAUGAAUACCAGGGAGUACAACAAAUUGUGGGAUCAACUGGUUACCAACAGGCCUAUCAUGUUAGUGAAUAUUCUAAUAUGACUAUUGAGUCAUCACGGGCAUUUCCAAAGGGUAUUCCCAACGAGUUUUCAUUUGAGUGUACAUUCCGUGUGCCCCAGCCACUACCCAUACUGGAGGAAUGGUAUCUAUUUGAGCUAUCCGACUAUGAAUAUCAUUCACAAAUGAAUGUUAAGCUACUGCCACAGGAGAAUACUAUAGAGUUUUCUUUGCCCAAAUAUGAUGGUUCCUUGCAGACGGUGACAUUUGAAGAGACAGAGAUAUUCGAUCGUUCUUGGCAUAAAGUUAUGUUGGGUGUGGGCCAGGAUGGUGUGCGUUUAUGGGUGGAUUGCAAGCCGGUGCCAGAUAUAAGUGGCAGCCUUAAAGCUCCUUUGGAUGUAAGAGGACCUAUAGAUGCUACAGAUGGUGCAUUUUCGGUAGCUAAAAAAUGUCACAAACAGGAAACAGUGCCGAUCGAUCUUCAAUGGAUGAUUUUCAGCUGUGAUAAAGACAAACCAGAACACUCCAACUGUGAGGAUUUACCUCAAUAUGCCCGUGCGCCUAAGGGCUUGAUACAAUAUGAAUCAACCACUUACCGUAAUACCUAUACACCCUCCGCUCCUAGCAUUUGGCAGAAGGAAGAAGAAACUACAUUAAAUCCUUUAGAUUUAAAAUUUGCAGAACCCACCUCUCUGAAACCUUGGCUUAUAAGUAGUACCCCCAACUAUUUAACUGGCAAAGACUUGUUGGCUUGUCCCGAACAAUGUCCACGAGGUCCACCAGGGCCACCAGGGCCUCCGGGUUCUCGAGGUUUGCCAGGCUCUCAAGGUCUAAUGGGUGUUCCCGGUACACCGGCCUCAACUUUUGGCCGUUAUGAAUCGGCUGAUAUGAAAGGAGAAAAAGGUGAAGCCGGUUUGGUGGGUUUAACUGGAGCUCCUGGUUUGCCUGGUGAACCUGGACAACCCGGUCCACCUGGUGAAAAGGGACUUGAUGGUUUGCCAGGUCCAAAAGGCAGUGCCGGUUUUACAGCCAGAGGUCUAACUGGAGAACCUGGUUUUCCUGGGGAAAAGGGCGAGAGGGGUUUACCCGGCUUAGAUGGUGCUAAUGGCGAACCUGGUCCUGUGGGACCACCUGGGCCACCGGGUCCUCCUGGUCCAGCUUCUGCCGUACAAAAUGCUGAUUUAUACCCUUAUCACAAUCCUGGAAUGAUUGGUCCUAUGGGACCAGCAGGACCUCCCGGCCCAGUAGGUAAAUCAGGACCUCCAGGCCCACCCGGACCAUCAGUAAUGGACAAUCGCAACUUAGAUGACAGAGAAAUCCGUGACAUUUGUAUGUCUGUUGUCAGAGAAUAUAUAAGUGAAAUAUCGGCCACUUUGAUAGGACCUCCAGGACCACCUGGUAAAAGAGGUGUAGGACGCCAAGGACCAAGGGGAUCCCCGGGAUUACAGGGUGAGCCUGGAGUUCGUGGACCACAGGGUGAACGUGGCUAUCCCGGCAUACCUGGAAAUCCUGGCUCUAACGGUGAUUUGGGUCCCCAAGGACCAACUGGUGAAAAGGGUGAUCGAGGUGAACCUGGUGUGGGUAGAGAAGGCCCCAUGGGUCCUAUGGGACCACCUGGUUCAGAUGGUAUGGCUGGUAUUGAUGGUAUACCAGGUAGACCAGGCGAUCGUGGUGAUGUGGGAAGACAGGGUGAACCUGGUAGUAGAGGACCUCCUGGUGAACCGGGUUCCUGCCCCGACUGUUCGUCUUAUCAGGCUGCUUACGCUUAUCCUUUGCUUUUGGCUCAACAGCAACAAAACAAUAAAGGUCCUCAGAAUUACUACAACAAAGGACCUCCAAAUUACUAUAAUAAGGGAUAAUAAAAUAAUAAAUAAAAUAAACUAAAAUUUUUUAAGAAAAUUAUUUAAUUUUAUAAAAAAA